AUGCUUAUGAAACUCUUCGAUUCCUACGGUGUUCCAUCUCACCUCUCUCCCACCAUCACCAUCGGCAUCAGUAUCAACAGACGCCGAGCCGAUUUCGAGCCUACGACUCCAUUCAAGGGACCCGACACUUCUCACGCACCGCAUUCCGGUGCGCAUUAUGAAGCUCAGAUCAGAUUUAUCUCGAUCGAUCAUUUGUCGCCCGCCGCCUUGUACCAUUUCGUUCCGCAGGGUCGGGGAGGGGGCGGAGUCAAUUGCUCCAAAAUGUUACGCAAAUUCUUCUACGGCGAUCGGGCAUCGUCGAUGCCGAGCGCAUCAUCGUCGAUUCCCCUGUUCUCUACGGCCGGGUCUCGGAAGUCUUCAAUCAUAGAGGACAAAUGGCUCCGAACACCGAACUACGUGCAGCUUCCCUACGUUUCUCUGACUUUGGCGAUGGACCCGAGUUCGUCGACCGCGUUUCUCGCGGACUACCAUAUGAUGAGUUUGCACGACGCCGACCAGAACAGAGUCAUCACAAAAUUGACCUAUUCGACGGCUACGAAUCCAAUGAAUCCGUUCACCGUGAACGCCGCCUGGAAUCCAACGGACAAGUCGCUCGUGGUUCUAGCGUCGGAUAAUUCGCUAUACCUAGUGCGCAGCAAGAACGAUUCUCUGGCAAUCGAACACAUCAAGAAACUGGCCCACAAACGGGCGAUCGUCGACGUAGACUGGUGCCGAGGCACGAGCGAGCUCGUGACAACCGCCCAGGAAGAAUAUAUUCUCAUGUGGGACUGCAGGACCAUCCAGAGACCGGCCCUGGCGUUUAGCUCCUUAGUGCCUUCGACGCGCGCGCGAUUCAACAAGUUGAACAAGAAUGUUGUGGCCUCUUGCCACGACAACGGUAUCUACUUGUGGGAUGUGCGCAAACCGAGCUGUCCAACAAUGUUGGUGGGGAGCCACUCGUCCAGGGUCUACUCUAUAGAUUGGUCGCCGACUUCGGAGCAUCAUCUGGUGUCCUCGGGCCAGGACGCCACCGUGAAACUGUGGGAUUGCAGUGUUGGGAAUCCCGCAAAUAUCGACAAGCAUCUCAUGCUCGACAACGCCGCGUGGUCGGUGCAAUUCAGUCCAUUGGGUGAUUCGUUCCUGACUUGUUACGAGCGAACUUCUAGCCAUACCGAAGAUAUUCAAGCGCUCUCGAUAUGGAACACCAAGAACUGCCGCCAUAUUCACACGUUCCAAUCGCAGAGCCCUUUCGUCAAGGUCGCCACCUCACCCUUGAAUAAAGCCAAGGAAUGCAAACUGGUGUCGCUUGUCAAGGGUGGGGUUCUUCAAACCUCGGUUUUGUAUCCCAUGGCAAGCCACGCCUCGACGGAUCAUCUCGACAACGUGUCGUUGCAGGAAGAGCUACGGGAGAAUCUGUCGCUGCAGGACGAGUUUAAUAAUCUCCAGAACGACAAACCCCCGUACACUGAACUGAUCAAACUGGAUCCAGCAAGACGAUUAUGCUUGAUCCUCGUGACGGUCUGUUUGUACGAGAUCGAAAUCAUGCUGACGUUCCCGAAAGACUAUCCAAAGAGCAUCCCUCCGACGUUCUCCUUCUCCAGAGGUUCCAAUCUGCAGAGUUCGAUAAAGGCGAAGUUACAGAAGGUCUUACGAAUUACGUCGACACAGCAUGUCAGCAGAAAUCAGCCCUGCCUCGAACCUUGUCUCAAACAACUCAUCAAGACUCUCGAGUCGAUAAAGGCUCUCGAGACUACGAACAAGGGAGACGUCGAAACCGACGCGCCCAAGUUGCCUCCUGUACCUGUGAACAUCUACGGCGGCGAGCAAGACUCAUCGGUGCCGUUCCCGAGGACUUCGGGUGCUCGUUUCUGUGGAGCUCAUUUCCUCGUCUGCUUCACGCGACCCUCAUACAUCCAGAAAAAUCAGCGGGAGAGUGAGAACGAGGUUACUCCGCGGAGUUUGUCGGCCUUGGGAGCUUACAUCAAAGCGCACCGAAACCCUUUGAAUAUCCGAACGGGCAUGAGCCCGUUAUAUCCGUCCUUCGUUGCUAAGAACGAGAGCGACGUCACCAUAUCAUCGUAUUACUAUAGAGAAGCUAAGAAAGGUCGGAAGAAACGUCUCCGAGGUCUUCCGACGCCCUCUUUCGAAAAACUUAAUGUUCCUUCCGCUGCCGUCCUCAUAUACAGCAUGCCUGGGGUUCUGCCGGUGUGUUACCAGCUCGCGUCGAAGUACAAACUCGACAUCGACGAUCCACUGCAGACAUGCAAGAUCAACUUCGAAGUCGCACGGGACUGCAAGCGAACCGAUCUCAUUCAAGUGUGGACCUUGGCCGCACAAAUAGUCGAAAGCCAUGCGAUAAAUUCUCAGAAACCCCACGAUCUUCCCUGGCCGAUGCACGUUUUCGGACGUCAAUUGGCUGAGCAUCUCAUAGACAGUUAUUUGAAACUCUACGACAUCCAAACAGUAGCGAUGCUGUGUUGCGUUUUCGGUGAAGUGAACAGGCGACAGCGAGUCAAGAGAGGGAUCACCGAAGAGCCACCACAAAUCGAAAUGGGCUCGAACGGACGGAAAACGAACGAGAAAACGUCGAAUGUCCUGAAGAAGACGUGGCAGAAAAUGAUGAAUGGCGGAUCACCCUAUAAUAGCAUCACGGGCGGAUCGCCUUCGACGCAUGCAGGUAUACCUGCAGCGUUCCUGAGUGGACGGCUCCCGAAAAAAGACUCCAUCAAGGACUUCAUAGCUCUCGACGGAUACCCGAUAGGGGACGACCACACGGCGGUCGUGCCCGCUCACGAGCCGGACGUCGCGGAUGACGACACCUACCUACUGAAUCCCGGGCAAAUGACACGCUAUGAUCAAUUGAAGCAGCACUAUGCCGAGUUGCUGUACAAGUGGAAUUUGUUGGAACAACGCUGCCUCGUCUUGAACCAUAUUACGACGCAGAACAAUAGAGAAAUUCAGGACGUGCAAUUCAAGAAACGCUGCCCGACCUGUUCGAUCGAGACGGAGGAGCUUGUUUGCAAAACCUGUAGGAACCUCGUCUUCAAGUGCACAGUUUGUGAGCUUGGAGUCCGCGGGAGUAGUUUCUUCUGCCUGAUCUGCUACCAUGGCGGUCAUAGCGAGCAUAUGAAACACUGGUUUGAUAAAAAUCGUUUCUGUCCGACGGGCUGCGGUUGCGAUUGCGUUUCCUUCUCGGGAGGUCUAGAUUAG